GCGCAGGACCACGUAGCACGCUGCGCCCCUAGCCGCGGCACACAUCAGGUUGUGAUGCAACUCGAGGAACAUCCCACCGUUCGCCUAGAAGUGACGAAAACCCCCUGGUGUAGUCGUCCUGUCGGUGCCUGCAGAGAUUCGGGAGAAUCGCCAAGCCUGCACAAUUUGAAGGGUCGCGAUUUCUCGCGCGCCGUCAUCCACAGGAGCCCAUACGGUAUUAUGAAGGAAAUCUCGACCAUCCAUGCGAGAGGCGGCAUCCGCAUACGCGAGCCGUGGUACGAGAACUCGGCGCGCUGGGACGCCGACCACCACGACCAGGCCAUAGGCAGCGGCGGCUCGUGCGGUGGCGGCGGCGGAGGCGGCGGCGACCUGGAGCUGCCGCGCUACAUGGCGGGCUACCUGAAGUCUGCGCCCGGCGCGCAGUUCCACCCGCCCGUGCCGGGGCUCGCCGGGCCCUUCGGACUGCCGCCCGCGCUCGACGCCGUCCACCCCGCCGUCGCCUUCCCGCAAGGUGUAAACCCUCGGAAGCAGCGUCGGGAGCGCACGACGUUCACGCGCGCCCAGCUGGACGUUUUGGAGGCGCUGUUCGCCAAGACGCGCUACCCGGACAUCUUCAUGAGGGAGGAGGUCGCCCUCAAGAUCAACCUCCCAGAGUCCAGGGUACAGGUGUGGUUCAAGAACCGGCGGGCGAAAUGCAGGCAGCAAUUGCAGCAGCAACAACAACAACAGCAGCAGCAACAACAGCAGCAGCACCAGCAGCAGCCGCCGUCUAGUCUGGCGUCAAAGUCGCAGACGCGCUCCGCCCCCGGUGCCGUGUCCGCCGUCACCCCCAAGAUGAAGACCGCAGCCUCCAAGAGCACGCCGCCGCCUCCCACGGCCGCCGCCCUCUCCAACAGCUCCCCCAAGUGCAAGGUGGAGCCCGGGACGACGACGUUCCCGGCGCUGCCGCUGGCGCUCCCCCAGCCGCAGCCGCAGCCCCAGCAGCCGCAGCCGCAACGGGCGGGCUCUGCCAGCGCGGCUUCGGUGUCUUCGGUGCUGACGACACCCAGCCCGCCUGUGACGCCCGGUUCGGGCUACCAGCACGACGCAGCCCCCAGCACGGCCGCCCCCGGCGCCGCCGCCGCCGCCGCCGCGGCCGCCGCCUCCUCGGCCACGGCCUACAACGGCUUCUGCUGGGGCACGCCCGCCUCCACGUCCUCGACGCACUGCUACUCGCAGACGUACUCGCCCUACUACGGCAACAUGGGCGUCGACUACUUCCCGCCGUCGGCCGGCCACCACCAGUCCAACUACACUUCCGCCCACCACGGCCACAACCACGUCAUGGCGCACAGCUACCACCAUCACCACCACCAGAUGGGAUCGUACGCCGGCGCCCACCACCAGGCCUUCAACACCGCCAGGCACCCGGACUGCUCGCUCGACUACCAGAUCACCCCGGACAAGUACCAGAUGGUCUAACGCUCGUCUCGCUAUUCUGCGUCUCUGGUCUUGACGUGUGUCGAGCCUAAGUGUGUCUGACGCCGCACUCGUGAUUUCAUCGGGUGGCAGAAGGCGUUCUGUGUGGUUUUAGGCUUUCCCGGUUUACCCCUAUCCCUACCCGCGGGUGCCAUCUUAUAAAUGCUGCAGUACUUCCAAAAUCUGAGAUGUAGUCACCCACAGGCAGUGUGUUCCUGUGGAGGAAGGCGACAGGAUAGAUUGCCGAAACACUUUACUAUCUGGUCGUCGCCACCGGGUUAAUACACGAGAGCAGUUCUAAUAGAUAUCGUUCUGGGAGCGUCCUAAAAAACGUUAAGUUGUGGGAUAAUGCAAAGGACACAAACCAAAUGCCGAUUUACCACCACUUCCUAGAAAUGGAUUACACCGUGUCGAUAGCUUCCAUUACCACACAAUGGAAUCUCCACACGAUUUUCACCCCUGCAAAAGUUCUCUGCAGGACUCAGAUGCACAGGUCAUAAGCCCCAGAAAAAACUGUGCUCGGACAUUGUCGUAACGCUGCAGUCGGCAAGAACGAAAUGUCGAGGCGCCACUGACAGAUUUAAAUCCCACACUUCUUCGUGGGGUAGAUUUCCUUUUUGUUACCAGAGCUGGUGCCUGGACUGUACCUUAUUAACGUAAUUUAUUCUGGAGUGAAUUGUGUGUUCUGUUUUUUAAGCAACUGAAGAGCUUUUUAUAUUCACAAAAACGUACCAACGUUUGCUAUGAUGUUUUCGACGCGUGCGAGCGUUAUGUUAAGAAAAAAUGACUCCUUGUCUCACUGACGAGAAAUUAGGUACGAAAUAAACCUACCAGCUACGAGAAGAAAUUUUAGAAUGCAGCGAGUCUGUUCACUAUAACGGUUAAAUUCCGCUGAAAUUUCAUGGAUUUCGCCGUCUAUCAAAGGACCAUCCCAGACCUGUGAUGUGUUAGCCUUCUGGAAGAUCUGCAUUAAAUACAGUUACUAAGAGACUGUGACUCUUGGCAGCUUCAGUGCCUUUUGUACUAUAGGAAGCGCAACUCGCUCUGUUUCCAGCAACUUUUACUUUGUGCGUUUGGUGAGCUGAUGUUCCAGCCAGCAGUGGUCUCCGUGUUUCAAAAAAGGAAGAAAUAAUGGGGAAGAGGUGUUGGUACUGAAUGGCAGUGGAAAACGUCGAGAAACCUGCAGUACACCCUGCCCAUCGUGGACUGGCCACCACUCAACUCACCACCAGCUGUAUUAAGAUUCUCAAAAUUCGAAAUUAAUUACUUUCGAUUUACUUCUGAUUAUCGCUUAGAGGAACUCAAAAGUGCAGUCUUUAAUUACCUCAUUUCAUGUUAUUAGUACUGUCACCUUCUUAACGCUGUUUAAUUAUUUUCAGAAACUUUCUUACUACCUCGCAAUGUCUUUAUCUUCUAAUGGUUGUCUUUGUAAACAAAUUUAAUAAUUCUCAUUGUACAAAAUCGUACAUAUAAUUGUAGAAUUUUCCAAAAAAAAAAGGACGCUAAUGUAAAAAUCAUAGUGAUGUGUU